UCCUCGUUACUCUAAUCCUCUGUUUUUUUUUUAAAGAACUCGUCGCUUCAUUGGUCUCUCUGUUGCCUUGCUCUCCUCUUUACCCUCUCCUCUCUGUUGCAGAUCCAAGGAGUGCUGUUUAUUGGGCUCUCUCUCCAAAGGAGGAAAUGGGGGACUCGAGUGAGGUCAGAGCCUGGGAGGAGCUGAUCCCCGACGCCCUCGGGCUCAUCUUUCGCAACCUCUCCCUUCAGGAGGUGCUCACGGUUGUCCCCAGGGUCUGCAAAUCCUGGGGCCGGGCGGUCUCCGGCCCUUACUGCUGGCGGGAUAUCGACAUUGAAGAGUGGAGCCAGAGGUGCAAGCCCGAGCAGCUCGAUCGCCUCCUCAGGGUGCUUAUCGCAAGGAGUUGCGGGUCUUUCCAGAGGCUUUCGGUCUCUGGCCUCGCAAGCGACUCCUUGUUCUCUUUUAUCGCCGAGCAUGCUGGCUCCCUUCAGACCCUAGUCCUCCCAAGGAGUGAAAUAAGCGAUGCCAUAGUAGAACAAGUCUCGUCUCGUCUCUCCAACAUCACCUUCUUGGAUGUGAGCUACUGCAAAAAGAUCGGUCCCCGAGCCCUAGAAUCAUUUGGCAAGCACUGCAAAUCUCUAAUUGGCCUUCGACGAACAAUGCACCCUUUAGAGGUUGCUGACAAAGUCAGCCAAGACGAUGAAGCCUUCGCCAUCGCCUGUUCCAUGCCAAAACUCCGCCAUCUUGAAAUGGCGUAUCUCCUACUAACAACCCGUGGAGUCCUCGAAAUCCUCUCAAGAUGCAAGGAACUCGAGUUCCUUGACCUUCGGGGUUGUUGGGAAGUGAAGCUAGACGAGAAGCUCGUAAAAGAGAGUUAUGCAGGAUUGAAGGUUUUAGGUCCGCAGGUCGAGGAUACCUACGAGAGGAGUUUCUGGGAUGAGUGCUCCGAAGAAUACUCAGAUACUUCGGAUUAUUCUUGGGAAUUUAUGGACGAUGAUGAUGAUGGAAUUUGGGAUGAUGAUGAUCAAGGGUUCGAAGGCCUAGAAGUGAGAUUCUAUGGAGGUGGGUUUAAUCAAGCUUAUGCUGGAUUUCACUGGCCACCAUCUCCAUGAAAGUUGUUGUUGAUGGAGGGAUUUGCUACCAACCGUAGCAGUGCUUGCUGUUAGCAUUUCAAGGACUGCAUCAAAUCUGCUAUUCGUUGACCGUGCUUGUAGCUUUGCUUUGGCUUGUAAUGUUGGAAGGGGUGCGUGUGGGCGUGUUUGUGCGUGUGUUUAUGUAUGUAUGUAUGUAAACUGAGAUGUUUACUUGGAGGCAAGCUUUGCUUAUGUGCAUCUGUUUCUUGUGCCUUUGGCUGCUAAGAGCUCGUAGUAUUAAUAAUACAGCUGGUUAUAAAAGUUUCAGCAGGGUUUCACUUGCC